AUGGCCGAUAAUUUGCUACAAGGGCUUCAGGCGGCCGCAAAUGCGACAUCACAGGCAGGGGUGAGUUUCUUGCUAACCAUUUUUCUUCUGAACGGUUCGGUUGGCGUUCGAACAUCAUAUAGCAAUGCAAUCGUGUACAGAUUAUAUAUUGUCAUUAACAUUAUUCUUAUUAAUUUUUUUGGCCAAUAACGAUAGGCCCUGCAAUAUUUUGAACAGCUAAAGAAUUCCCCAGACGGCUGGAAGCUAUGUGGUGAUGCUCUAAUUCGAAAUCUUUACAGGUAAUUGAAACUUGAUAUUAAAGUUAAUUGUCUUACUGUGGUAUUAAGUCGUUAACGUUUUGGACCUCAUUGAGCAUUAUUUCAGAACUUGAUUAAAAAGAUGCAUUGUUUGAUAUAAUUUAUUUUGACUUUAUGUUAUCAUUCAUAAUUCAUAUGCAACUAUAUAGUACAUUAUCUUUCAUUCAAAAUAGUUUCUCUAUUUCUGAUUGACCAAAUUUGGAUAGUCUGGAACCAGCUCCGCAGUCAGUGAAAAGGGGAAAAAACAGGGUCAAACAGGAUAAAGCGGUGGCCUGGAGGGGGGAGGAGAGGAGAUGUAGCAGAGCCUAAAGACAUGCCUUUGAUGCUGCCAUUCUGUGAUGCCAUUCUGGUGUCAAAUGUCUUCAUGUUAACAGAUUCGCGGGACUGUGGACAGUAUCACACUCUUUCAAUAUCAUGCUCAUGCAAUUCGGGAAAAGAUUUUAAAAGAUGAACAAGGGUGGAUUGGCGGCAGCAACGCAUUUCUUCAGGCUCUACCUUUCUCCUCUCCAGACUUUCUCUUGGCCCGCUUUGCUUCGCUAUAGCAAAGACCCCACUAUACAGCCUGUAACCAACAAUUUUUUUGGUACCAUGGCACUUCGUUAUAGUGGGGUUCCAUCAAAAUCCUGCAAACAAGCUAGGGCUUGCGGGAAAUGAACAAUUAAGGCAAGCGGGAUUUCAAUUUGACUUGCUGAAUGCUCCCAAUCUUCUUGCGGCCCUGACACCUAAAAACAACAGCAAACAGACUGCUUAUCUUGCCGGCUACACAGGCUAAUGUAACUAGACAUGCAGGGCUCGAAUUUAAAAAAAUCCUCAGGUCUCCUUUUGGCAAACAACUGGAGAAAUAUAGUCGCCAGAUGCCAAUUUUUAGUCACCAGUUUUUAUAAUGUAAAUCACGCAGCUCAGGGCUUGUGAUAUUUUGCGCGGUUGCGAAGCCGUGAAAUUCAGGUAAAUCUGCGAAAUUCACAAAAGCAAGCAAAACACUGCGAAAUUCGGUAGAAAUCUUAUAUGAGAUACAUGUCUGUACAACUUAUUUGAAAUUUAUCUCAGCAAAUUUAUCUUGAAACUUUGUCCCUGAAACAUGCAAACGACGUCCCGAAACUACCAGGCAUAGAUUAUGUUGCGAAAAACUGGGCACUAGCCAUGACGUUAAAGGCUUUGCCAUUGGUUCAUUUCUGGAGCAUAUUGUUGUUGAAAGAGCAAAUGAUGACCUCUGUUUGAAAAACGUUAAAAAGGCUGGUCUGAUCAGCCAAUCGAUUUCUAGUGAAUUUUCCCUGAAAAUAACCACAAAAUCGGCCGUUUUUUUCCAAUUGUUUUUAGGCGAAGUUUGCCCCGAAAACCGCUGCGAAAUUGGCUGAUGUUUCUGGGAAUUUGUCCCUAAAAAUCCCACCAAAUUUGACUUUUUUUCCAAGACCUAUCAGAAGCCCUGUAUAGAAUGGCACGAUCCAUCAGAUUUGAAAAUAUCAACGAUAGAAGUUGGCAUAAAUUUGGAGGUAAACUGGCUUUGUUUAUGCGAUUUGGCACAUUUUUUAUGAUGAAAGCAAAGCAAGAUAAUAUGAAAUGUUUGUUUUAACUUUAGUCUUUUAAUUUAAAUCUAAAGCAUAGAAAAAUCUGGUUGCCUCUUUCUGGUGACUAAACCAAAACGUUUAGUCUCCAAGGAGAAAAUGUUAGUUGCAUUGGCGACCUUAUCACUCGCAAUUUCGAGCCCUGACAUGUCAUAAAGUUAUUAUCGUGGGGUUUCACUGUACCUGCAAAAAGGAAAGACAUCAACAUGCCACAAACAAGCUAGGGCUGGGGUGAAAACAAGAAUUGGGGCAGGUGGGAUUUCAAUUUGACUUGCUGAAUGCUCCUAAUCUUCUUGUGGCUUCGAUCAAAACGAAAAACAACAGCAAUAACCUGCUUGUCUUGCCAGCUACAAAGGCUAAUCAGCUAUGUAGCUAGACAUGCCAUAAAGUAUGUUGCAGUUAUUGAAAAAGUUAAUUAUUUGAAAAAACUUUGUUUGUUUUUACCUAUGUAGUAUAUAAAUACCCAGUUAGCACAGUUUAGACUCUGGACAGUACACUCCUCUUAAGUAGACAGCUCUUCUUUCAGCUUAUAUCAGUUUUUUUCACGUACCUGCCAGUUACGCUUCAAAACACCACUUGAAUUUUAUGCUUGUGCCUGAAUUACGGAAUUGUCUGAGCAACUGUAUGAAACAUUUUUUUUUUUUGGUAUUUCGGUAUUUAUUCAUUACAGAAAUGCACCCAUUGAUUAUUGAUGAUCAUGAAAAAUGACAUAGAGUUUCUAUCAAGAAAUCCCCUGUGUACAUCCUUUUCCUGAUUAUUGUUCUUGCUAGGAAUACCACAAAAUAAUUUAAGAAUAAAACUCCACGCAACUAACAAUACUUCAGUCUAUCUGUCUAAAUUUAAUCAAAAUAAGCACAUGUCAUUUAAACCCUUUAAAAUUGAUUCCAACACUUAAAAUAAUGGUAACAUACCAGUUUGUAUUGUUUCUGCAUUAUUUCUGGAAAGUGUGAGAAUUGUCAAUCACUAUAAAGUUCAUAAGAGACCGAAAAUGGCUUUAUGGGUACCCCACCUUUCACAUUUCACAUUUAUCAAUGGAUGCCAAACUGCAAUGUUGUAGCUGAGUAAGCUCCCAUAAGCUGCGAAUGAUAUGACCCAUUCACCUCUAGUGGCUGCAGACGAGAACUAUUCUUGUAAGUGAUUAGCUUCAGUUAUGGACACAUUUGUCUCUUCUCAAGGGUGCCACUCACAUGAGCAUCUAUUCUAGUACAUGUACGUAGCUCCAGUAUCACAUCAACUGGCUUGUGUAUGGGUGUGAUAUGAGAACAUUUCAUCUGUCUUUAGCCUCCCAAGCAGACAUUCUUAUUGGUUUCUUUUUUGUUGUUGUUUUAGUGAUGAAAGUGUCAAGUUCUUUUGCUUUCAAGUAUUAGAGCAUCAUGUAAAAACAAGGUAAAAUUAAACAUUGAUAAUUUCUCAUUAUAAUGAUUAAUAAUAAAUUUUACAUAAUUAUUAUAAUGUGGCAUCCAUUUUAAAAUUAAUCUUCCUUCCAUGGAAAAAUCAAAAAGGUUUUAUUCUGUUGGUUGAUCUGCCAUUUUAAAGUUUUGUCUGCCAAAUUAUUCUGAAUAACUCUUAUUAAAAGAUGUUAUCUGAAAAUUUAAUUUUUAAAUAUUUACUCACUUGGCUCACUUGGUAUGAUAUUAUGUAGGCUAUUAUGACGAAAAACAUUCAACUAGAGACAAUUGGGUUUAAUUGUUUUCUUACCAGGAAUAACUUACAAACAUUUGAUCAUUAGCUGUAUUCAGUAUAAACAUGCUUCAGUCUCCUGUACUGUACAAGACAUCUUGGAUGAUCUUGUCCAAGUGUGUGAUCCUGCCCAAAAAAUGGCUAUUUUUUUUUUAUUUUUUAUUUUGUGCACAGACAUGUGUCAUCAAAUCUUGUAGAUCAACAAGCACUCAGAGAGAUUCUUUUGACCUGGCUGCGAAAUCAGGUACACUAGGCUAAUUUACUCUACAGUAGAAUCCCAAGGAACAUUUUCUCUUUUUUUGCCCCUCACCCUAGAUUGCAAUGUCUGUCUUUAGGUGAAAAAGGAUGUCUUGCUAAUACCUUUGACAUAUUAUUAUGGCCUAGACUCUCUGUCUGUCUUUCAUCAAAAUUGAAACAACUUGUUUUAUGUCAAAAGGUAGAGCAAAAUUGUCAAACUUUGUUUUUUAUAGUUGUGCAAAGAUACCUAAAAGUGGACAUAAGUGCAUUGGUUUGCAAAGCCAUGACAGUCUUACUAGCACCUUUGUUCUUUGAAUUCUUAUACCUACACUGUAGUGGUAAUUGUAACAUUUUCACUGUGAUUUUUCAUUGACCCUUGAUGUAACUUUUCAGUGUUGUACCGAGUCAGAUAACAAGAAUUUCUUGAAGAACAAGGCAGCACAAGUCUUUAGCUUGAUCUUUGUCUGUGAUUAUCCUGAGAAGGUUAGCUGAUUUAUUGUUAUUUUAAGUGUAAUGAGCGCGAAUACUGAUACCCGAAAUUGUAACUUGCGUUCAGAUUUCAUUCAGUGUGAGAGAACUUCAUUUAAUUUCCUGCCUCUUUCACAAGCUCAGCCAGCAAGGAAAACAUUUUUUUUGCAUUUAAGGCUAUUGAUAAUCAGGUAACAACUGCGACUCUUGAUGAAAGUGGGUGCCCAUGAUGACCAGGGUCUUGCACUUUUGUCACAGUCAGCCCUUAGACAGUGUUAUGCCCUCAUGGCUGGUAAACUCGCGCCUUCCAGCCAUGAGCCCCUACACCAAUGGAACCAGGCACCUGUGGGAAGGGUUGGGGGAAAGGCACAAUCCAAAGGCUGAACAAAGCGAGUAAUCACCUUGAAAGCAUUGCACUAAGCACAUGGAGCUGAUGUUAGCAAAGGUGACUACGCUUGGGCCACCUCACUGACUGCUGAGCAACAACACACAAUGGCCCUCCUUGUUAUUAACUGCGUUAAAUGUUGUUUCACUUCAUGUUACAUUUCUCUUCUCCCUGUAGUGGCCGCUGUUUUUCUCAGACCUCCUCCAGUGCUUGCAAUAUGGAGCAUUAGCUGUGGAUAUGUAUCUUAGGAUUUUGAAGGCAAUUGAUGAGGAAGUGGUUGAUAGAGAUGUGAUAAGGAGUCAACAGGUUAAUUUUGUGAAUUGUUUUAAAAACUGUAAUGCUACAAUUUCCAUUGGUGAAAAUAUAUCUCCAACAGAGAGGGGUACAAUCAAACAGAAAUUGAUAACCUAUUCAAUCUAUAAAAUAUUGUACUACCUGACAUCUCAUACGAGCAGCUUGCAGCCACUGAAGCUGAACCCAUUUUAGUGGGUGUCUGUAAAGCGGGUUUGGACUGUACCUAAAUUUUUUAUUUGCCUAAUAUAAAAGCUUGUUAAAGUUUGUCAUUCAAGUUGUUUUUGUUGUGACAAAGUCCACCAUGCCACCCACAUGAAGUUGUCGGUGCUAAUAUGAUUCGAAACAUGCUGUGUAAAGGGCUACGCUGUAGAUGUGUGAAAUUGCUCCUUAUGAAAAUCAAAAUCCUUUGGAGUUAAAACACUGCUUCUAGAAUCUUGCUUGUCACGUCUUGAAACUUGUGUAAAGACUCAACGAUUUGAUUUAAGACUGUCAACUUCUGUGGAGUUUCAGUCGGUUGUACUUCUACAAGUUUGUAAAACCAUUUACUGAUCAAUCAGUUUAGAAGCUGAAUGAAAUUUUUCUUCCAUGGACAGGAAGCAGAGAGGAACACUAAAAUUAAAGAUCACAUCUGGGAUACCUGCGUCACAGAGCUCGUUGACUCUUGGUUUCAGAUUCUGGUAGGUGGGAAUCUUGUAUUUUGGUACAACAAUGAGGUUGAGGUUUCGCUGACUGUUUUUUUAAAUUAUGUUUUGUAUGCAGAAAACAUAUGAAAAUAGUGUGUCAUCAAUAACAUGCCUUUGCCUGGACAUUAUUGGAGCAUAUAUUGAAUGGAUCGAUAUUGGCCUAAUUGCAAACGGCAGGUUUAUCAGGUAA